AUGGCUGAAGGAGAGAAUGAAGUGAGAUGGGAUGGACUGUGCAGUAGAGAUUCAACUACUAGAGAGACAGCACUGGAAAACAUUAGGCAGAUCAUUGUGAGAAAAACCGAGUGUCUUCGUUUGGUGAAAGAGACACCUUAUCGUCCAGCAGACGGCCUUUCAAAUGCUGUUUCUUUGGAUGGGUUGAAUAAGCUUCUUGCUCAUCUGCUUAUGCUUUCUAAGAGGUGUCCCUUUAAAGAUGUAAGAGAGAAAAGUGAGUUUAUUCUGAAGAGCGUCCAGGAACUUGGAAUUAGAAUUCCUCGACCACUAGGACACGGACCAAGCAGAUUCAUCCCAGAAAAGGAGAUUCUCCAAGUGGGGAGUGAAGACGCACAGAUGCAUACUUUAUUUGCAGAUUCUUUUGCUGCUUUGGGUCGUUUGGAUAAUAUUACCUUAGUGAUGGUUUUUCACCCACAAUAUUUAGAAAGUUUCUUAAAAACUCAACACUAUCUACUGCAAAUGGAUGGGCCAUUACCCCUACAUUAUCGGCACUACAUUGGAAUAAUGGCUGCAGCAAGACAUCAGUGCUCCUACUUAGUGAAUCUCCAUGUAAACGAUUUCCUUCAUGUUGGUGGAGACCCCAAGUGGCUUAAUGGUUUAGAGAAUGCUCCUCAAAAACUACAGAAUUUAGGAGAACUUAACAAAGUGUUAGCCCAUAGACCUUGGCUUAUUACCAAAGAACAUAUUGAGGGACUUUUGAAAGCUGAAGAGCACAGCUGGUCCCUUGCAGAACUGGUACAUGCAGUAGUUCUACUUACACACUAUCAUUCUCUUGCCUCGUUCACAUUUGGCUGUGGAAUCAGUCCAGAAAUUCAUUGUGAUGGUGGCCACACAUUCAGACCUCCUUCUGUUAGUAACUACUGCAUCUGUGACAUUACAAAUGGCAAUCACAGUGUGGAUGAGAUGCAGGUCAAUUCAGCAGGAAAUGUUUCGGUAAGUGAUUCCUUCUUUGAGGUCGAAGCCCUCAUGGAAAAGAUGAAGCAGUUACAGGAAUGUCGAGAUGAAGAAGAGGCAAGUCAGGAAGAGAUGGCUUCACGUUUUGAAAUAGAAAAAAGAGAGAGCAUGUUUGUCUUCUCUUCAGAUGAUGAAGAAGUUACACCAGCAAGAGAUGUAUCUCGUCACUUUGAGGAUACUAGUUAUGGCUAUAAGGAUUUCUCUAGACAUGGAAUGCACGUCCCAACAUUUCGAGUCCAGGACUAUUGUUGGGAAGACCAUGGUUAUUCUUUGGUAAAUCGUCUUUAUCCAGAUGUAGGACAGUUGAUCGAUGAAAAAUUUCACAUUGCUUACAAUCUUACUUAUAAUACAAUGGCAAUGCACAAAGAUGUUGAUACCUCAAUGCUAAGACGGGCUAUUUGGAACUAUAUUCACUGCAUGUUUGGAAUAAGAUAUGAUGACUAUGACUAUGGUGAAAUUAACCAGCUAUUGGAUCGUAGCUUUAAAGUUUAUAUCAAAACUGUUGUUUGCACUCCUGAAAAGGUUACCAAAAGAAUGUAUGAUAGCUUCUGGAGGCAGUUCAAGCACUCUGAGAAGGUUCACGUUAAUCUGCUUCUUAUAGAAGCUAGGAUGCAAGCAGAACUCCUUUAUGCUCUGAGAGCCAUUACUCGCUAUAUGACCUGAUGCCUUUCCUCCAUUAAAGAAGAUGAACGAUCAGCAGAUAUUGUCCUACAAGGGGAAGGUACUAAGCCCCAGGACCAAUGGUAGAUAAAAGAAUUCAGAAAUCCAUUGUGCCAUGAUUCCUUUAGUUUCUGCUAUUUUACUGUGGAAAUGCCACUGCUGGCACAAGCAGUGAGUGCUUGGCAGCUUCAAGUUUAGAGCUGUGAAGAAGGGCUGCUGUUCACAGUAUUUUGCUUUUUGACAGUACAAGAUGCUGUAUAACUUUUAAUACAGCAAAUAGUAACUCUCAAAAUCCUGUUGCUUUUAUGUUAAAAAAUAACAAGAAUUGGAGCAUGCAAAGAAUGGGACUUUGAUAAUGAUGUAAGCUUUUAUAUUGAUACAUAAAGGAUUUUAGAUAUUGGUGCUGCUAUUCCUGCUGGUGGAAUGAAUAGAGUGGCUGUUCCAGUUAAGCUAUUAGUAAUAAAGUGAACACUGCUACUAUCUGAGCCUACAUACAUAAUUUUUGUGGUUUCAAAUUAAACUUGCAUAUGUGUUAAUUUUUUUUGCACCUAAAAUUACAGCUCGGCAAAGACCAUUAUGAUGGUAACAGCUCAUUUCUUUCAUACAGUUUUUUAAUUCAGUUAUUGGAUGAUACUAAAUUACAGUGGCAUUCUUAAAGAUUUUCUUCAAAAAGCAAUCUUAAAUGAAAGUGUGUAAAUUAUAAGAAAAGCUGGCUACCUUUUGAUAUGCUGUUUCCCAAGAUUCUCUGACACUGGAGGGCAGCUGUCUUGUACAGUAUUUUUGUUUCCAGCACCAAAGUUAUGGGAAAUAUUGCUGUAGACUGCUGCGCAGUCCCAGGUGCAUUCUGCCCCUCUGCUCCUGCCCACCUCAUGGUCCCCACUUCAGAGGUUGUACAGCUCCUUAAAUAAUAAAGCUGGAAAAUAUAUUUAGUCAGGUUAUCAAAUUUGAUUUACAAAAAUGCUAGCUUUGUUUGAAAUGCAAACAGGCUUGAAAAAAAUGUAUUAAGUACUUUGUAUUCUGGAGGCGUGAACUGCUUUUGAAGUCUGUCAGUAUUAUUGGUAUUUUUCAAUAAAGAAUAAUUUUUCUGCAA